CAGAAAACUACAUUAAAAAAUGCCAAGAUCCAAUGCUUCUCGUUCCUCUCGCGCAUCAUCGGUACAUGAAGUACCUCAGAGAGCACCAGGUGAGGAAAUCUCCUCAGAGAUGUUGUUGGCCGAUCUUAUGAAUAGUAAAAGAAGAGCCAAACCUAAACUUUCAACACUCCAAGCUACAAAUACAUUAGAUGACUCUGGAGAUACAAUGAGCGAAUGUGGUUCAACUUGUUCCGCUUCUACAACUAGUUUAACCAAGGACCUCACAAAAAGUCUCAAAAUGGGAGAAAUCGAGUUAAAAAUUCUAUUGGAAGAAUUCAGAAACGCAAGUAACGAAGAAGGUUUGUUGGAGAAGGACAACUUCUUUGAUGUUAUUAAGAAUACUCUCUCCCAAAAAUUUGAUAUUCAAAACUCAAUGCCUGCUUUCCAUAGAAUUUAUGAAGCUUUUGAUCUUGACGGAAAUGGAGCUAUUGACUUUGUAGAGCUUGCAACAGGUUUGAGUACAUUAUUGUAUGGAGAAGAAAAAGAUAUUUUAAGAUUUGUAUUCGGUUUAAUUGAUGUAAAUGGUGACGGAUCUGUCCAACAAGAAGAAAUGAUCGAUUUCUUUAGAAAGUUUUUCGUUGGUCAAGCAAAGAUGAAUGGCUACAAAUUAACCUCUCAAAGAUGGAAGACCUUGGAGGAUUAUCUCAGUAGAACAUUUACUUCAACAGAUCUAGAUCAAAAUGGUACUAUAGAAUUUGACGAAUUUGUUCAAGCUGUUGACGAUCCAGAUUCCCCUCUCGGAAUGCUCUUCUUGUAUUUCCAUAGUACCCAUAGUGCUCAUCAUUAAUUCAUACAUGUACAUAAUAAUUAUAUUAAAAUUUAUUCCUCAUCAUUAAUCAU